AUGGCGGACAGAGCGAACGGCAUGAAUCAGGAGCCAGAUAUGCGCUCGGCAGCCGAAAAAGAGGAGGACAAGCAGCAGUCGGAAAAGGCCAACGAGUACGUCAGAGAAUUGCUACAGGAGAAACAUCAGCUCGAGAAUGCGCCGAACGCCGUUCGGCUUCUCGAUCAAGAGAUUCAAAAAAUCCAGGCCAGCGGUAAGCCCAUAAAGGAUCAAAAGUAUGUAGACAUUUAUCGAGAGAAACCAAUCAAAGUGUCCGUAAAGGUACUAGUGCCUGUGCGUGAACACCCCAAGUUCAACUUUGUCGGCAAGUUACUUGGUCCCAAAGGCAAUUCCAUGAAGCGCCUACAAGAGGAAACUAUGUGUAAGAUGGCUGUUCUCGGUAGAGGAUCUAUGAAGGAUAGGCAAAAGGAAGAAGAAUUCCGCAAAUCUCUAGAUCCGAAAUACGCUCAUCUGUCGGACGAUCUGCAUGUGGAAAUCUCUGCUCUGGCUCCGCCGGCGGAGGCUCACGCGCGCAUCGCAUUCGCAUUAGCCGAGGUACGCAAAUAUCUCAUCCCGGACAACAACGACAAUAUACGGCAGGAGCAGAUGCGCGAGAUGGAGCUGACGGUAGAGGAGCCGAUCGACGAGAGGCGGCCCAGCGGUCGCGGUGGAAUUCUCCGGCCGGCGCCACGACCCGGUCCUCCACCGCCAGGAAUGCGCGUCGCUCGUCCUGCGAUUUUACCACCACCGCCACCGACUCGCGCGCCCAUAACUCGUCCAGUUCCAGCCAAGACCAAGGUGUUUUCAAUUUUGGAUCGUGCUCGUGUGGCCAUGGACCAGAGCUACGGAUACGAGGCGCCACCGCCGCCACCCUCGAAUCGUGCGGCCCACCACGAGUACGACUACCCCGCCACCACGAGCAGCGGUCGCUACGCUUCCAGCGAUAGACACUACCCGUCUUCCAGCAACGAGGACAUGUAUCCCCCAUCCUCGAGGUACGCCAGCAGCUCGUACGAUUACGAGGAGGAGACGCCCCACGCAUCGUCCCACGACUACUACGAUCCUCCGGAAUACCCAGUUCAACGCUCAAUGAAAUACUCCGAGGAUACAUCCGGCCGUGCAUGGAAAUCGUACAAGACAACGACGACUGGCAGUAGCUCGGGGCAAAGCUCGCGUUAUCGAGCCGCUCCUUAUGCACGACCGUCUAAGUAAUUAUUUUCUGUUGAAAAUUAAUUGGAACCCCGCAAUACAUACGUAGCUAUCAGAACAAAGGAUUUUACUACAUCGGACUUGCCUUUCAACUAAUCAUGCGGGAUCACACUAAUCAAUUAGCUCACGUAUAAUCUCUUCGAAAGCGUUUACAAUUUUCAUAGACCGAUAGAUCAAAGCUUACACUUUAUAAUCCAUAAAAUAAACACAUGCUUGAGGAAGUUUAUUCAUGCAUAAUUUGUGUAAGACAAGUUUCUUGAUAUUUUUUACUUUUUUUAUUUUUAACCUUAGGAUAUGACAAAUAAAUAGCGAUUACAAGGUUACCUUUAAUGUUUUUAUUUUUGAAAGGUUUAAAAAACCUCUUCGCUUUUACAUUCAACAUGUGUCUUUAAUCUAUUUUUUCGCAUCCCUAAAGUUCGUAAAAAUACUUAAACAUAUUAUACAUUCAAGUAUCUUAUUUAAAGGUAACCUAUUUAUAAAAAUUUACGACAAAUAAUUAAAUAUAGAUAAUCUGUAGGCCCAACAAUUAACUCGAUCUAAGCAUAAUUUACACAUAGUGUAAAGGUGAUGAUUUCGUUUCACUUUAUUUUACGUUUGAGUAAUUGAAUCAUACUGGAAGUAAAUGACGAAUGAUAUUGAAAGAAACCAAUGUAUCUAAAUAAAACGAAAAAAAAUUUCAAAUGUUUUCCCAGUAGUCCCAUGUUUGAUUUAAUCUCGAUGUGAUAGUUAACAAAAGUCCAACGAAGCACAACUUGUAAAAUCUAAAUUAUACAAUAAUUUAAUUAAAUUGACUCUGAAACCUUUAAUGUAAACAAUAAUCAAAAGUUUUUAAAUAUAAAAAAAUUGAAUCGUAAAAUUUAAUUGAAAUUUGAUACGAUUAUAGAAAAAAUUUUUCCUUACACAUAAAAUUUUUGAAAUCGUGUGUAUCUAAAAAUUAGUGAUUGACGUUCCUUAAAUUAAGGCAAAAUAAAGUACUGUAUUAUUUUUCGAUAUUAUUAAUUUAUCUAUUUUACUAAUUGAUUGUUCCUGAUAUAAAUUUUUCAUUUGUGAAUUUGGAACAUAAAUCUAUGUUAUUUCGAUAAAAUUAAUAUUUCCGCAUCGUAUUGAUUCGCAUCUCAAUAUUUUUAUAUGCUAAAAAAACGAGUGAAUUCCCCAUUUAUCUUUAUUAUUACAACUAUUAAUAUCUACAAUUAUAAUGAAACAUUAUAAAAUAUAAAUAAAAAUGUAUCAUCAUAGUCUACAUUUUCGAUGAAUAAUUUGGUAAAAUUAGUUGAUUUAAAUGGAAUAGUAAUAAAAACAAUAGGGCUACAUCGUUAUAAACUAAACUCUACUUUAAUUUUCUAAUGCCCAAAUUAAUCGAGUUAAUAAAUCGAUUACAACCACAUUAAAAUGUAUUAAACUAAUCUGUAAUAUUUAUGACACAUUGUACUAGAAACUUUAUGAGAACAAGUAGUUCUUAUAAUUACCUACAUCAAAAUUAUGUAAUUAUUUGAAAGUAAAGAUAAAUAAAUUGAUGGUAUAACAAAACUAUAACUCAAAUUUCCUUCUUAAUUUUAGAAGUCUAAUUAUUUAGACAAAAAUACUCUAAGAUAUAAUGAUACUGAUUAAAAUUGUUUACAAUAUAAUAGUUAGCAAAUGUAACACGCAUUUGAAAUUUCUCGUUCAAAUGUAGGUAGGGUAAAGUAUAUAAGAAAUUAAUAUUUGACACAAAAUUAAAAUCAACCCACUCCUCAGCUCCCCUUGACGCCCGUGAAAUAAAUUGCUUUAAAAUUUUAAAUCAUAUUUACCACUAAACUUAAAAUUUUAAAGUACUAUGAGGAAAUGUAUCAAAUACACUUGCUCUAACAAGCAUCAAGCUCAAAUAAAUGCAGAAACUUUUUUAAUGUUCUUGAUUUAUUAUCGAACGUAGUUUUACACUUUAAUUAAUAUUAUAUCUAUUUUUCGUCUGUUUAUAAGGAUCUAUAGU